UGGGGAUAAUUGGAAACGAUAAAGCUCACCGAAAAACUGGAUAAAAACAACAACAACGUCUACAACAGUGUGGUGUUCCGAACCCGAAGUUUUCACUUUUGUUCCACUGGCCUCAUUGACUAUUAAAGAGGAGGUUGCUAAGAGAUGACAGUUGGUGACAUUGUUUAAAGCGUGUGAUGUAUGGCAGCCUGAAGCUGGACUUUUCCAGGAUCUCCUCAUUCGUAAAAGACUCUGCAGACAAGCUCACCUUGACUUACAUAUACCAUGGCAGCUUUUAGUCCUACCUGUACCCCGACCUCCACAGGAGCCCAACCUGCACAGCACAGCCACGGAGGCAGUGAGUAUGUUGAUGGAUGUGAUCGCAAUGAGCAGAAGAUUGAGAACAGGGAUUUGGGACGCAACACAAUCUCAGAGAAAACUCACGAGUUCUUCCAGAUGUGUGACAUCGACGGCAAAGGCUUUGUUACCCGAUGUGACAUGCAGAGGUUGAAUGGCGAGCUGCCUCUCAGCGCUGAAGAGCUGGAGAAUGUGUUUGACACCCUGGACUCUGAUAGCAACGGGUAUCUUACGCUCGAAGAGUUUUCCUCAGGGCUCACUACAUUUUUGUCAGGCCAGAAGAUUUCUGCUGAGGAAGGCGCGGGGGAAAAAACUUUCAAUAAAGGCCCUUCAGAGGUGCUGUACCAGACCCAGGUGGAGGAGAACCCAGUGCCCUUAGAAGAUGAUGAGGAGAAAUACUUCCGCAUGCUUAUGCAGAGCCUCGGAGCCACUCGUCUCUUUGAAGAUUCCGGCGAGGUGCGCAGUCUGUGGGCCCAACUUCGCCGAGACGAGCCACAUAUCUUAGCCAAUUUUGAGGACUUCCUGGCCAGAGUAGCAUCUCAGAUUAUAGAAGCCAACCAGGAGAAGACUGAGAUGGAGAGUGCACUCAAAAGAAAAGCAGCGACGCAUGAUGAUGAGAUUAAAUGCCUUUAUGAAGAAAUGGAGCAGCAAAUAACCAAUGAAAAGGACAAAAUUGUUCUGCAGGAUGUCGAGCGGUUUCAGUCUCGCAGUCAAGACCUGGAGCUGCAGUUGUCUGGUAAGGAGAAGGAGCUGGAUCAACUGUUUCAGAAACAGAAGAGGUUGGAGCAUCAGUGUCAGGAGCUGCACAGUGAGCAGCAUGUGACCAAAGUGGAGAAUGUGAAACUAAAGCACACAAAUGAAGAGCUGGCACGGGAGCUGGAGCACAUGAGCCAGGAGCUGAUGUUGGCACAGGAACAGCUGAGUCUGUUGCAGGAGCACUCCACACGCCUGCACGAGGAGAAGGAGAUGGAAAUCUACAAACUGACUGAGGGACUUCAGAGAGAGAGAGCAAGUUUGCUCAAACAGUUGGACCUGCUGAGGGAAAUGAACAAACAUUUACGUGAUGAAAAAGACAUGUGCUUUCAGAAGGCAAAGAAUCCAGUGAUGCCACUUCGGAAGCAGAGACCUUUAACCAGUAUUGCGAAGCACACAAACAAAAACAUUUUUAAAAGUGAGGAUGAUGAUGAUCUGACCAGCUCUGGGAGGCAGAGUCUCUACCGGCCAUCUGGCACCGAGGAGACAAUGGACAGCAGAGUGUCGCUCCAUGAAGGGCAGCUCCAGAGGAUCAUCUCCAUUGAGGAGGAUCACCUCCCGCAUUUGCUCCAUAAAGACUUUCAGGACAAAUCUAUCCUUAAGGAGUGCAGUGAAGGAGAGGAAGCCUUUGAGGAGGAGAGUGCAGACUUUGUGAUGAGCAGCACCGACCAUUGUACAUCUUCUCCCCAAGAGCAUCAGUCAGUCAGAAAUUUGGAAGAAAUGAACACGCCCACCUCUCCUAGAGGUCAGCCUGUCGGCAAGGAGACCAGCAUAAAUGAGGAAGGUGCAUCUCAUCCACCUGAACGCCUCUUCAAAAUCAUUCUGGUGGGCAACUCUAGUGUAGGAAAAACCUCCUUCCUACGACAAUUUUGUGACAACUGCUUCAACUCUGGGACUUCAGCUACUGUGGGCAUAGACUACAGUGUAAAAACAAUAACUAUGGAUGGCAGCCAGGUGGCACUGCAGAUAUGGGAUACAGCAGGACAGGAGAGGUAUCGCAGCAUCACCAAACAGUUCUUUCGUAAGGCUGACGGUGUGGUUGUGAUGUAUGAUGUCACAGCUGAGCAGAGCUUCGUGGCUGUCAGACAGUGGCUGACCAGUGUGAAGGAGAGUGCAGGUGAGGAAAUACCCAUCAUGCUCAUGGCAAACAAAACGGACAGGCAGGCUGAGAGACAAGUUCAGAGAGCAUCAGGCGAGAAACUGUCCAAGAACUACAGCUUGAUUUUCUAUGAGUGCAGUGCCUACUCUGGACAAAAUGUGUCUGAGUCCAUGCUUCAUUUGGCCAGAAUCCUUAAACAGCAGGAGGAUCGAGAGAAGGAGAUGACCAUCCAGCUGAGCAGCCCGUUGGAGAAGAAGAAGUCGUGCUGCUAGCAGAUAAAACACACAAUAACACUACACAAAGUGAUUAAGUGACUACACGUGUCAAAUCACAUUACCUUGUACUAUCCUCUGUCUUCAGCAUCAUUUGACUACAUUUUCAUGUUUAGUCAAAAAAGGUGAAACAAAAUGUUCCCUGGAAAUUUAGAAACUGAUCUCUGGAUCGCGACCUUUUAUUCACCUGCUGAUGGCUGUUUCUCUGUCACAUGUAAUUUAACAUGUUAAAUUAUUCAUUCAGUGUUAUUAGAAACAUUUUAGUGGCAUUUCUGUGGAGUGUGAACUAACAAGAACAUUUGUACAAAUUAAUAUCAACUUGCAUUUGUCACAGUUGAUUGAGUUCAGUCGACUGUUGGGAGUCAGAUUUGCAAAAUUUAUAUUUGCUUUUUUUCCUGUUUUUUCCCCCACCUCGUAGAUGAAAUGACAAACUCUUACUCAUUGCAAUGCAACUUCCAAAAAAAAAAACAACCACAAGUAAUGUUUUUCUGUAGUUUUGUCUCUGUAAGGCCUUUUUUUGGCAGGGGUUUCUUGUCUACCGUUUUGUAUUCUGCAGGUGCACCUGUUAGUUUGUGUACUUCGUGUUCAAGUUAUGUGGCAUAACUGUUUUUCAUUGUUCCAGUAUUUAGGCUGCUGCAGUAUUCGGUUGCAGUUGUACGUUUUAAACGUUGGUGACGGCAGAUGAUGAUCAGAUGUUGCACAUUAUUUAUUUCAUGUCGCCAUCAGUGAUUUUUAGGAGAAAGGCGUCGCUGUAUCAGUUGCAUUGUCAGUUAAAACACUACAGCCAUGUGGCGUGUUUCCCCGGGCGUGUUCUAGCGUGCGGGUUCCUCAUUGCUGAUCACACCAGCAGCUGGAAACUUGCGGAGUCGCCGCACAAUAUCACCUGGCAACAGGCUGCUUCAGAAACGGGGGGGUGGGAUCCGGUUCUCUGCCUGGACCAGUGCUGAUGAGAGUCAAAGUAAAGCUAAGAAAGAAAAGAAGUAAAAUGUUCAAGUUCUUCACUGAACUGUGGUCACUAAUAGUGCUUCACUACGCUGCAAAAAUCACUAAAUCUUAACGCAUAUAAAUCUGUUAAAUUCUUAAAAGUAGCUGGGGAAACUCCAUGUUGAAAUUUUACUAGUAUUAGCAAUUCUUGCAUCUUUUACAAAGAAGAUGGCGCCUUAAAGAUCUUAGUAAGUAAAACAACAAAAACAUAUCUCUUCACAGUUUUGACUUAAAACAAGAUGUUUUCUAAAACACUUUUACCAGACAAGGAUUUUAAGGUGCAUUAUCUACAAACAAGUCCUUACAUCAUUUCACUUGUUAGGAGAUUGUGUCAUAUAUUAAGUGUAAAUUUGAUGAGAAACUAGACAGAUAUAUUUGGUAAUGUCUUUUU